GUUCUCUUUUUUUUGCAGAAUUGUGGGUACCGAUGGAUGUGGCCGAGAGCCCUGAACGGGACCCUCGCUCUCCGGAGGACGAUGAAGAGGAGCGGCAGGGGCUCUCGGACGAUGACAUUCUGAGGGAGAGCGGGUCCGACCAGGAUUUCGAUGGGGCUGGGGGGAGGGCUUCUGACUUGGAGGAUGAGGACAGUGCGGCCCCGGGACUGAGCCAGGAGGAGGAGGAGAGCCCCUCGGACGCGGAGGACCAGGACCGGGAGUCGGAGGCUCAGGACCCGAGCAGGGGCCGCGUUAGCCCCCCUCGCGGGGAGGAGGGGGACGGCGGGGAGGAAGAGCGCGCGAGCGACCUGAGGGACGAGGCCUCGUCGGUCACCAGGGACCUGGACGAGCACGAGUUAGACUACGACGAGGAGGUCCCCGAGGAGCCGGCCCCGGCCGGGCAGGAGGACGAGGAGGAGAAGGGGGCGGGGGCCACGGGGGCCGCGGCCGCUCCCGGCCUGGAAGACAAAGAGCCCCCGGAGACCCCCAAGGAGAAGAACAAGGAGGACGAUGACGGGGAGCUGGACGACGGGGAGCUGGACGAUGAUGAUCUGGAGGAGGGCGAAGUAAAGGACCCCAGUGACAGGAAGGUGAGGCCGCGUCCCACCUGCCGAUUCUUCAUGAAAGAUGUUGGGACAGCACUGUCCUCUCCUCUUCCACCAAUAUCACAUUCCAUCCCAGUCAGAGGCCAGGUUAAAGGGAACUGCACGUGGGGGAUGAACUGCAGGUUUAUACACCCUGGAGUCAACGACAAGGGCAACUAUUCCUUAAUCACCAAAGCCGAGCCUUUCCCGCCUAACGGUGCCCCUCCUCUUGGACCUCACCCGCUGAUGCCUGCCAACCCUUGGGGCGGGCCCGUAGUUGAUGAGAUUUUGCCUCCACCCCCCCCGGAGCCCCCCACGGAGAGCGCCUGGGAGCGAGGACUCCGGCACGCGAAGGAGGUUUUAAAAAAAGCAACCAUCCGAAAAGAACAGGAGCCCGAUUUCGAAGAGAAGAGGUUUACGGUGACCAUCGGCGAAGACGAACGGGAGUUUGACAAGGAAAAUGAAGUUUUCCGGGAUUGGAAUUACCGGAUCACGAGGGACGUCCGGGACACCGUACUGGAGCCUUACGCAGACCCGUACUACGACUACGAGAUGGAGCGCUUCUGGCGGGGCGGGCAGUACGAGAACUUCCGGGUGCAGUACACGGAGGCCGAGCCGUACCCCACCUACCGGGACCGGGAGCGCGAGCGCGAGCGGGAGAACCCCACAUCCUCGGGGGAGGCGUGUCGGUGCGCGGAUGAGCGGGCGAGGGGGUCCCGCCGCUUCGGCAGAGCGCGCAGUGCGAUGACCAUGUCCGUGCACGUGUUGCGGAACUACCGCCACAGUAAAGCUGGUUCCCAGCAGUGUCCCUCGAGGAGUCACGUCCCCGGUGUGGUGAGAGCAUCUGAGAACAGCCCCCGGCCGCCCUCAGGCACGGGGCGCGGCGCCAGCUCCCCGCCCGGCGCUCUGCCGCGCCCGGGCUCUGGGCUCCCACUGCGCGGGCCUGGAAACGUGCGCCGAUCGGCCAGCGUCUUCCCCCGCGCUGCCGUCCACACUGUGACCCCCAGAGGGCGCCACAGCCGCAGGCCCGUCUCGGGACCCGCAGCUGGGGCCGUAGAGGAGUCGGUCGCAGCCUGCGCUUUCCCGUCUCUGCCGCUGCCGGUGUUGCAGAGUGGCCGGAAUCGCAGGCCGAGUUCUGCAGACAGAACCAGUUCCAUCCGCUCCCAGGCGACUGGUUGUUUAGCUUACGACGGCUUGGGGGCUUUACAUCCACAGCUGGACAGAAUGAUGGAGGAGGCGGGGGCAGCUUCUGUCUGUGCGAUGGGGGAGCUCGCGCCGGAGGCAGAGCCGGGCGGGCGGGCGAGGAGCACCUUCCUGCUCUUCACCUUGUUCAUCGUGGAGCUGAUCUCGGGCAGCUCGGAGUUUCCAGACCCCGUGCGGACGCCUUCUAACAUCCCCGCCACCCACACCUCUUUGGCCCGUGGGAGGCGGGAGGCGUGUCAUUUCAGCCGGCAAACUGAGCCACCAAAGAAGGAGGCCACCGCUGCGGGCCCGCAGGUGAAGCGCGCCGAUGAGUGGAAGGACCCUUGGCGUCGGUCCAAGUCCCCCAAGAAGAAACUCGGCGUGUCCGUCUCCCCCAGCCGGGCACGGAGGCGUCGGAAGACUUCAGCCUCGUCGGCCUCUGCUUCCAAUUCCUCCAGCAAGCAGGCUCACGCCGGCACAGUCACAGAGAUGACGAGAGCGGUGUCGGGGUCGCUGGGGCCCCCGAGGCCGGUGGCCGAGGGGACGGUGUCCAUGCGGGACACGCGGAAUGUGGCCUGCAGUCUCUGCUCUGCGGGGCCCCAAAGGCUCUGGGCCACAGGCAGGAGGCCCCGCGCGGCAGCAAGGUGUCCUUGUCACCCGGCUCCGCAGGGCCCCACUCCGGGCCCGGGGCCGGUUUCCCUCUUCAGCUUCAGAAUCUUCUCACUGCAAACAGCCGGCUCCGCCGGUCCCACAGAACCAGCUGCCUGCUCUGGGCCGCUUGACCUUCCCCUCAGGGCGCCCGCACGGCCCUGCCCGGGGUGCCCUGUCCCUGCUGCUAAGUCCCGACGCUGUCCCGGUGUGUCCUCCAGCGGGAGCGCCCCUGGGCCCCAGCGCCCGGCCCCCUCGCCAGGCGCGUCCCUGCAGGAUGUUGGCCCCUGUCCCGGGCCCUGGGGCACCUGGAAGCCGUGGUCCCGGUCCUUCUCCUCGUCCCCGUCCCCCUCCCCGACGCCUUCCCCACACAGACCUUCCGUCAGAGCCAAGGGGGAGCCGGCCCCGCCUCCUGGGAAAGCAGGAGAGAAGUCCGUGAAGAAGCCAGCCCCACCUCCAGCGCCCCCACAGGCCCCUAGGACCCCUGCCCCGGCCCCCGAGCCCGCGAAGCCGGGGGACCCUCGGGAAGCCAGGAGGAGGGAGCGGCAAGCAAGGAGCCCCCCCAGGAGGCGGACCAUCAGCGGCAGCGGCAGCGGCAGCAGCUACAGCGGCUCUAGCUCCAGAUCCAGGUCCCUGAGCGUGAGCAGCGUCUCCUCGGUGUCCAGCGCCACGUCCAGUAGUAGCUCCGUGCACAGCGUGGGCUCGGACGACAUGUACGCGGAUCUGGCCAGCCCUGUGUCCUCGGCGAGUUCCCGCUCCCCCACCCCAGCCCAGACCAAGAAGGAGAAAGGAAAGUCCAAAAAAGAAGACGGGGUCAAAGAGGACAAGCGGAAAAGGGACUCGGCGGCACAGCUGCCCAAGGCCUCGAAGCCCUCCUCAGGGGGCAAAGCCCCGCAGCCUGCGGCCCCCCAGCAGGCCCCCGCUGGGCAGCCCCCGCAAGGCUCCUUCGUCGCCCACAAGGAGAUCAAGCUGACACUGCUGAACAAGGCAGCUGACAAAGGGAGCCGGAAGCGGUAUGAACCCUCGGACAAAGACAGGCAGAGCCCUCCUCCGGCCAAGCGUGCUAACUUGUCCCCAGACCGAGGUUCUCGGGACCGGAAGUCAGGUGGGAGGCUCGGCUCCCCGAAGUCGGAGCGGCAGAGAGGCCAGAAUUCUAAGGCGCCCGUGGCCGCCCCAGACAGGAAGCGCCAGCUGUCACCGCAGUCAAGGAGCUCCAGCAAGGUCACGAGCGUGCCUGGCAGAGCCUCAGACGCCGGCUCGGCCGUCCCGGGCCCCAAGUCGGGGAAGGCCAGCGCGCUGUCGCGGCGCGAGGAGCUCCUGAAGCAGCUCAAGGCCGUGGAGGAUGCCAUCGCUCGCAAGCGGGCCAAGAUCCCCGGGAAAGUGUAGGCCCCGCGGGCUCGGCCCCCGCACCAGACUUAGAGACUCUCGUGUUUUUAUAAAUAGGGUAAGCACAGCCGUCUCGGAGGUUGAGGUUAACGUCUAAUUUUGGCUGUGAUUCUUUUUAAAAAUUAAAAGAGGAAAAAAACAUUUCUCAGCUGGAAAAGAAGCCACACACGUACGGAGGGCGACGCCGGGUCCCACGGGCUCCUCCCAGUCCAGCCCCAGCCCGGGGCAGGGGGUCGGGGGCGGCAGCGGGAGCGAGGACGCGGCGUCAGUUUUAUUAAAUUAUACGUCCCAGGCGCCCAGUUCUGCCUGCCCGGCCUCCCUCCCCCGGCCGACUGGCCUGCCCUGGGCCGGCCCCCCCCAGCGCUCCUCCCCCGCCUGGGGUCCCAGGAGCACGUGCUCCGGACCAGCCUCCCCCCCUCACCGCCCCCAGGGUCAGAAAAUAGAUCUAUAUUCUUGACUGAAGUCCGAUUGGGGAAUAUUUCCUGUCUUUUAUUUUAAGCAUCAGAUUGUUUUAGUUGAUUUAAAAAGGAAAAAAAAACCUAGAAAAGACCAAAAAAAAAAAAAGGCCGAGGCUGUUGGUGGGCGUCUGUCUGAUGUGGAGGGUCUUUUUUUGAGGGGUCUCCUAAAAUAAAGUAUUUUGAUAAGCA